AUGAGAAAGUGCAACUUAUCCAUUGUUAUUGUUAUAAUAGCUUUAGUUGGUGGCGGUUUGGGUUUUAUGAACUUUUUGACAGAUUCAUGGAUAUUGAUUUUAUUGUCGAAUCCUAAUGCAGCACCAACAGCAGUCUCUGGUCACUCGACAGUAUUGAAUCCAGUCAAUAAUACAUUGGUAAUCUUUGGUGGUGCCAAUAAAACAGCUGCAAACAACAACGUUGCACUGUACGAUUUGAUAAACGAUGGUUGGAUCUCAAAGAACACAUCGAAGGGUGCCGCACCAACACCGAGAUACGAUCACUCCACCAUCGUUACACAAACCAAUUUGAUGUACGUUUUCGGUGGUAGAGACACCAAGGGAAACGUCUUCAACGACCUCUACAAAUACGAUAUGGUCAAGGACAGUUGGAGUCAGGUCACUAUUGGUGCCGGUAAGUUGGUGCCCGCUGCAAGAUACGGUCACUCUGGAAUACUGUAUUCAUUUACCAACGAAUUUGUAUAUUGGGGUGGAAGAAACGUAAACGGUACGGUCUUGCAAGAGAUCGUUAUUUUCAACUUUUUAACAGAGGAAUGGAGAAUCCUUCCAUUCAGCGCACCAAACGCUGUUUCGCACCACUCUGCAGUCUUGACAACUGCUAACCAAAUGGUCGUUUUCGGUGGUGUCACCGCUACAAACACAUUCACAGCCGACACCAAUUUCUAUGAUUUGGCGUCCAACACAUGGUUAAACAUCACUCUAAAUACAUCAUCGAUCGCAGUUUCAGGUCGUUCCGGACAUGCUGCAAUUGUCACUCCAAUCAAUGAAAUGUUGGUAUUUGGUGGUAGAACAAGCAAUACAUCUGCAUCUAGUCUAACUUUGAAAUAUAAUCUAUUAUAUAACACCUGGGAGAUUAUUACUCCAACUGGUGAUGGUCCAAGUGCUCGUUGGGGUAUCACUUGCACAAGCACACUCUUUAAUACAAUGAUGGUAUUCGGUGGACAAUCAUCGGAUUCCUCAUAUUUCAACGAUAUUUACAAGUAUAACAUUAUCACCUCUGUAUUGAGAUCAUCGUCUGACGGUGUUGUAUUGGUCGUUUUGCUGACAAUCGUUUGUUCUAUGAUCAUCGGUCUUUGUUUCGCUCUCGACAUCAUGGCCGAGAAGCAUGAGGAUGAGAGAUUAGAGAGAAUCGAAAAAGAAAAUGCUGGUAAAGAUGGUGCUGCACUAAAGAAACUAAAAGGAAAACAACAAAAAGAAAGACAACCACUCUUUGAAACAUUUUAA